AGGCCUAGGGAGGACAGUGAGGAGGUGGCCCUGGCUACGGCGAAGGAAGGUGUGACCCAGCUGCUGCGUAGGCACACAUCCUCUCUAACCUGCUUUUUGUGUCCACCGAAGUCCUGGCUGCACUGAUUAAUGAUUUUGUAAUUGGACUUAAAGUCCUCAGGAAUUCUGAGAGCUGUGAUGCUCCUCUGUAGUCCUCACUCGCUGUGGAAGGAGAUGCAGGGUGCUCCUGGUGGCCUUCUCUCUGUCUCCACCCUGUGAUGCUGCCACACCAGGACCCUGGCAAAGCCUGGGGUGCUCAGAAGCUGGUAAUGCUGGGUUUCCAUCUGCAGGACCCCAGGGUCUGAAGACAGCCAGUGUAUUUGGUUUUGAAAUUCAGAUUACAAAUACCUAUGCAUUAUAUCCCAAAGAAAUUUGCCGUAUAUAGAAAAUUAUUAAGAUUCCUGAUUUUGAAGUUUCUUGCUGCGAGGAUUGGGUUGUAACACUCUUGAAAUCACUGUACCAAGAGCCACAGACAGUAACUGUUGCAGUAAGGAAUUGGUAUUGGUGUGUAAACCUGCUAAAGGAGGUCUCAAAAAGCUCUGUUGCUAAUCUCUAAAAACGAAAUAGUGCAGAAGUCAGGUCAGAAUGGUCACCUAUUCUCACACUUUAUUGUUCUUGGCAGUAUCUUUCCUGGUAUUCUGCAUAAACCCUAUUUUUGCUGCUUCACUCACCCAGCAGAGGCUGUUGCAUGUCAAGACACUCAGUGCCUAGAGGUUAUGGUAUACCCAGCAGGGCUGUGAAUGCACAGAGGUCGUGAAAUCAGUUUCUCUUUUUCACAUGUGUAUUACUUAGCAACACUAUCUAAGUGAUCACACCGAAGUGUUUUCAGUUGUGGUUAGGCAGGGUUAUCUUGAGCCAUUUGAGACUUUGUUGAUGAGAAGCAGCAUCUUUCCAUCGAUUGCAGGACAUGGGUACCAGAGCUUGUGCAUGCUCAAGCUCUGUUUGAGAAUAUGUUACCAGCCUGCCUGGACCAGUAGGGGAUGCAAGGCCUGGGGGUUGUUUUAGCAGAUACAGCAAAGGUGAAUGCUGUUGGACCAAUGUGUGGCACUGGCUGAACAGGAAUCUCUUUUAUGUGUUUGUGUGGCUUUUAACUCAGUGUGGGACACCUGCUUUUGUUGAUCUAAAUCCAAAGUAGCUGAAGAAGCUGUUUUUUAUAAGUGGACAGGACUGUGCCAGAUCUUGCAAUAACGUUUUUAAGGGGCUCAAGGGCUUGACCAUCCAGGUAGAGCAGAUGCUGACUGUGGGGAACAUUGCAGUCUGUCUGGAGGUGAGUAGGCUGGGUCAUAGCCAGCAGCACUGUUUCCAGGCAGAUGCUCUGAGUCUGGAGACUGGGACAGAGCUGGGCCUGGCGAGCCUUGGCUGAGCAUGAAGUUGCCUUGGAGACUGGGCAAGUUUUUAAAGCACUGAUAGAAGAGAGAUCCAUGGUGAGUCUUCUGUCGUUAAUCUCUCCCAGGUCUCUGUGUCUCCACGGGGAUACACACCAGUAGGGUUAAUUGGGGACUGGGGGUUGCAGAUGAAGGAGAACAGGGGGAAAAGGAUUCUCUUUGAUCUGUCAUCGGGGAAUGCAGAGGAAUGUAGUGUCAUUUUGGUACUUUGUAGCCUGGCAAGGGACUUAUCUGAAGUGACAGGACUUUUCCCUUUUCCCUGAGGCUCUUGCUUACAUGCUGUCCAUGUGUCAAGGCAAUUCUCUGCAGACAGCUGGCAGAGUGCAAAGUUUAGGAGUGUUGCCUGCAGAUGAGUCAGCAGAAGAGAAAUAUCUUGUUCCUGUAAAGUGCAAUGAUCUUGUAGGCAAAGCAGCACAUGACAGUCACAUCUGACUGUGCCAACGCCUCCCAAGUUCAGAGGGAUGAUAGGACAGCCUUGGAGCAGGCGGUGCCACCCAGGAAGCUGUGGGGGUCCCAGGGCCUCACCGGUCCAGCUGCCAGUCUUGUGCUUUGGGUCCCUGGUGGGAAUUGCAGCAGCCUUGGGCUGGAGCAUUCACUGAGUUGUUGCAGCAAGCUUGUUUUCAGUUUAAGUAGCAGCAUUUAUUUUGCUUCACAGGUAAAUCUGCACGUGAAAAGCAGCAUAAGUGGCAGAAGAAAUCCUGCUACUGAUAAGUGGCUGUAUUUCAGUGGGAUUCAGUGAUUCCCUGACAGGAAAAGCAAUUCUUUUCCCAUCUGGCAGUGCACUGCUCCUCGCAGAGCCCAUGCAGGUCUCUCUUUCUCUCGGUGAGUUAGCUGGCAGGUGAUGCAAGGCGCUUUUUUGAUACAGGAUGCACCAAAGAAAUAAGUUUAAGAAGAAAUGCCCUGAGUGUCUUAUAAAGUGGUGCAGAGACUCUGAUAUGCCCAUGGCUUUUCCAAACGGGGCACUUCUAGAUUUGCUCCUUUCGAGCAGUUUCUCAUAUUCAGCCAUGAACUCAAUAAUGCAGGAGGGUGACACCUUAAAAUAGAACAAUGUUAAUAUUUUACAGCAAGGCUCUUUCUUCUGGUUAUGCUUGGUUUCUAUCUUGGAGUGUUCAGAAUGAGCUUUGAGAGUUAUCUUCUCUUUCCUCUUCCCCAUCUUCUGCAAAUGUAAUUAAUUUUAGAACAGGCAGUGUUUUAUGCAUUUGGGUAAGCAAAGCCAUAUCUUCAUGUGUUAAAUUCAGCUACAGAUGCUGGAUCUCACUGUUGGUAAAUAGUUGUUUGGAAUGCUAUUUUAGUCACUUGGGUCAAAAUGAAGCAUUCUGAGAUUAGUAGGUUUAUUGCAGUAAGGUGUGGUGUGUUCCCAGUUUUACAUGAAGACAAGCCUGGUGAUGGGAGGACUUCCCAGAAAUGCACUAGCCACAGGACAGAGGUUUUAAAGUUCUGAAUAGUGGUAAAAUUAUUGUUUCAUUUCAACAUUAAUUUGAGCAAUUAGCAGAGCUGUGUCACUCAUGAGGUGUCCAGCCCUGCUGUCUCGACACUGCAGAGGCUAUUUCAGCAACAUCUCACCGGUCAGGUCAAAGCAGACAGAGCAUAUUUAUCCCACCUUUGAAGCUGGUUUCUCACUGGGUACAUUGGGUAGAGCUGCUGCUGUGUGGCUAAUGCUGUCUCACCACUGCUGCUGAUUUAAUGCACGGUGUAUAACAGAAUCUCUCAAGUUGGAAUCAAUUCGUUUAAGUUGUUUGCCAUCGUUUAACUAACUAUGUAUACCCUGAGAAAUGGAAAAGUUAGAGUGGAGGAGAGCAGAUGGUUGGGUGUGGGAUGAACUGAAAGAAGCUGUUGAAGUUUUCUCCUGAGCUGGGACAGUGCUGCCCUGUACUAUAACCUGCAGUUCUUUGGCUGGCCGUGCGAUCUGCACCCAGCAGCAAGGGGCUGGUGAUAAUUCAGCAGAGGCUGCAGUUGUGUGCAGUGAGGUCUGGUUGCUGUGAUGGGCCACGCUGAUGUGGGAAGAGCUUCACCUGAUUGUGGGGUUGCUAUGUCUGUGCUUCAGUGCCAAAGCCUCUGCUUUUGAUAUUUUGCUGGGAAGUGGUUCAGAAUGUCUGCAUCCAGCACAUUAACAGACCUUUUAAUUCUCUCACAAGGGAAGGAAAAAAAGUGGUCAGAGACCUAACAGGUGACUUGAAGCACAGUGAAAUUAGUAUAACCAAACAACAAGAAAAUCAGCUGCUGUUUCCCUCCAGUGUUUCCAUGAAUUCUGGGGUUGCAUGAACCAGAUGUUUGCUUCUUUUUUUGAACUCCAUAGUUUCUGCUAGGAUCACGGUGGUAAAUGACUGAUGCAGAGUGUGCUUGCAAGAUUAUGUCUUGCAAAAUAUAAGAAUGACUUGUGUCAUACCCUGUGUUUUCACAGAGGCACUCUGGAAGCUGCUGCAUUUAUAGCUCGGAUCUCACCUGAAAGUUAAAUGUUUGCUUAAAUGUUUGAAGACUUGGACUUGAGGGUUCCAAACUUUUUUUGCCUGAGGCUAUGUUUGCACCCUCCCAUAUGUUUGUUCUCAGGAAUAGUAAUUUAAUUACUGCUAAUGGGGGAAACGGCAAGCUUGACUCACAGACAUCGUGGAGUGAGUGCUGGAUGGGUCACGCAGUUUUGGAAUGUCCUUGUGGCUGCUCCUCACUGUCACUUUUAUCUUCUCCACGAUAUUUUUUUGGCUCGUUACUGAUCUAAGAUUCUCUUUCCCUGUUCCUAGGACAUUGUGGUAGGUCUAGCAGAGCAGCCAGGGAUAGUUUUAGGUAUGUAGCCCCAAACCAGUUCAGCUGUGUCUGACCCUACAACUAUCCAUAAGGUAUCAUCAUGCUGAUGCUCAGUGGGGAGGGAGAGAUAUUUGCAUCUGUUAAACUGCAUUUGACUUGUUACUUAGGAGCAUUCCUUAACCUUGAGUCAUAUGUGCUUGAGUAAGUCUGCUACUUAACAGCUCUUCCACAAAGCACGCCCUUCUUGGCUGUGAAACCAGAGCUUUACCAGUGGCCCUUGGUGAGGACAGUCCCAGCUCAUCCCAAGUAGAACACUCAGCAGAGCCUCUCUACUAGGGAAAAAGGUGGUAUUCAGAAGGGCAUCUGCUCUUUGUCACACCUUGCACUUGCCCCACCUAACAUUCCAGCACACCCACUGCAUGUGGGUGGGGAGACGUUUUAAAUUCCACACCACUCUUAUUAUUAGGGAGUUGAGGCACGCACCUAAGGAUCAUUGCUGGGUGGAGGGGUCACGCUGCUCUCGGGAACAGGAGGCCAGAAGUGCCAUGUGCUGCCUAGAGAGGUGCACAGUUCAAUAAGAGAGAUAAUGCUGCUUUUUAGGUUUUGCAAAUCUAGCACCCAUUUCUAACUCCUGCAGCAGCUGGAAAGGGAAUAUUCACUGCCAUGCCUUCCUAUAAAUCCCUAUUUUUGCUUCAGCUUUAUGAAGCUGGAGUUUUUAAUACUCCAGACCCUUUUGGAAAGGUACAGUGACUCCAGUCCAAAGCACAGAUAACUUCGUUUCUUAUAACUGUCACAAUUUCUGUCCAAAAUUGGUGGUACAUCUGUCGGUUCAUCAGAGAAGCAGUUCAGCUGAACCACCACUAAUUGCAAACUGGUACAUAAAGUUCCAGAAGUAAGUGUGGCCUGAUGUGGUGUCAGCAGCUGUUUCACCAUCUGCUGAGUCACCACUGCGGUGGGGACAAGGGACAAGAGGGGAACACGGUGGCAGCCAUCCCAAGGUGGGCUGUCCCCACUGGGGAGCUGCAGCUUGGUCUUACAAGAGCAACAAAGCAAAGAGCAAGCCUGUUUAAACUCUUUUAAGUUAUGAGCCCUUCCCUCGCCCUUAUCCCUCUGCAUAGACCUUCUUCCCUCUCUUCAGGACUGUACAGGAUGCAGCACACCCACCAGCUGCCCUGGGUGUGUAAAGGGUAAAGGAUCCAAGAGAGAGCUGGACGAGGGCUGAUAAUCUUUAGGUUGCCUUUUAGAUGCGAAAAUAGUAUUAUUAACCUUGUAGUAAUAAUUUAUAAUUUCUUGUUUCAGUGUCACUCCAGCCAGCUGACUGCUGCACGCUUCUCUCUGCAGAACAGCUCUGAGUUGCAUUAAAUGAUUCAGUAUUCCCACCAGGCACUGUUUGUCAAGCCUUGGCAGCUGAUGCCAAUUACAACUGGCUAAGCCCCUUUUCUUUCUGGACGUGCUUGGCAAGAUGGAGCCACCGACCUCCUCCAGGCUGAAUUCCCGAAAGAGAAGAAAAGAUGGAUCAGGCCCUAAUGGGGCAACAGAGCUGGAUGGAAUCCCUCCAAAAAUGUCCCGACGCUCACUCGGCCUGAGGGAACCAGCUCCGUUCUCAGAUGAAGUGGAGAUCGACUACAGCAAGCCAUACAUCAGAGUGACGUAUGAAGAAGCCGUGAGAGGGACCCCUUUGGAUCGCCCUGUCAGAGUUUAUGCCGAUGGAAUAUUUGACUUGUUCCACUCUGGACAUGCCCGGGCCUUGAUGCAAGCAAAGAACCUCUUCCCAAACACAUACCUCAUUGUUGGAGUCUGCAGUGAUGAGCUGACCCACAACUUCAAGGGUUUCACGGUAAUGAACGAAAACGAGCGCUACGAUGCUGUGCAGCACUGUCGCUAUGUGGAUGAGGUGGUGAGAAAUGCACCCUGGACCCUCACACCCGAGUUCCUGGCAGAGCACAGGAUCGACUUUGUUGCACAUGAUGACAUCCCCUACUCUUCUGCUGGCAGUGAUGAUGUCUAUAAGCAUAUAAAAGAAGCAGGCAUGUUUGCACCGACCCAGAGGACUGAGGGCAUCUCCACAUCCGACAUCAUCACACGCAUCGUGCGGGACUACGACGUCUAUGCCCGGCGGAACCUGCAGCGCGGCUACACGGCCAAGGAGCUCAACGUCAGCUUCAUAAACGAGAAGAAAUAUCACCUCCAGGAACGCGUGGAUAAGGUGAAAAAGAGGGUGAAGGAUGUAGAGGAGAAGUCAAAGGAAUUUGUCCAGAAAGUGGAAGAGAAGAGUAUUGAUCUCAUUCAGAAGUGGGAAGAGAAAUCUCGGGAGUUCAUCGGCAAUUUCCUGGAGAUGUUUGGCCCAGAAGGCGCAUUGAAACACAUGCUGAAGGAGGGCAAGGGCAGGAUGCUGCAGGCCAUCAGCCCAAAGCAGAGUCCCAGCAGCAGCCCCACACACGACCGCUCCCCAUCUCCCACCUUCCGCUGGCCCUUUUCAACCAAGACUCCUCCUUCCUCACCUGCCAACCGCUCCAGGAACGAGUCUGCAGUCACCUAUGACAUCAGUGAGGAUGAAGAGGAUUAACCUACCUGCCAGGAUUUGCUGCAGACUGCUAAUCGCUGAAUCCUAAGUCCAGACCCAGUGGGGAACUCUAAAUGAGCAAGAGAGCCAUAGGAGCAGGGCUGAUGGUGAGCACAGGGCCUUGGAGGCCCCCAUUGCUCUUAGCAAGGGCUGCUGCCUGGAAGCACAUUCAAACCUCCUCUCCCUUCUUCUCCCUAAAUCCCCUUUUUAUUGUUUACGUUCUAGUGGUUUCCAGGGUGAAGAUGGUUUUUAUAUUUUAAGAAAAUAUUCGUUAAAAGGGCAAAGAAUAGCACUCAAGCGUGGCUUUUGUUUUAGUUUCUUUUCCCUUGUUAAACCUCCAGGCAAGAGGGAGAGUGGGAAGACUUAUCUGUCUCUUCUUUCCUUCAGCUCCUCUGUCUCCCCUCCACCCCCAGGCAGUACCUGUGCCACUGCCAAAGGAAAGACCCCUCAGUUCCUUAACCAGCAUGACCUCGAGAGCACACACACAAAGCAGUGGUGUAAUGAGGCUUCUAGGAAACAGAGACAUCCCUGCUGGGCUGGAGCUGAUAGGAAUCUAUCCAGCAGACUCUGUAGUGCUUGCAUGCCCCUUAACUGAGCUUCCCAGCGUGUCACAGUGAGGACGUGCUGGGCAGGGGGUCCCAGCUUGGCACGCAGGAGUUACACCCGGGAAGGACUUGCAGCACUGUAGAGUGGCACACCCCAUAAAGUGCACAACAUUCAUAGCUCCAAACAGUAGAGAGGCUGCAAGGGAAAGGCCUUUCCAGCUAAUCUUAACAAGACUGCUAAAUUCUGAGCUAAAAUUGAGCCCUCAGUUGCUGUUGGAGAGAAGAAAAUGAAUCUUUGCUUCAGGGCACUUGCUGUCGUGCAUUUCCUUGGGUGUGUCAGAGCCCGAUAGGAAAUGAACGUGUGUAGUCUCUUGAGAAGUUCCUUGUUCCAGUCUGUGGUGUGUUACACGUUUUAGUGUCUGUCCAAAAGGUCUCUCAGCUAUGUGUGUGUUUGUGUUUCAGUUGCUGUGCUUUAGGGGCUGGAGGAGUCCUUCACACAGGUGCCGUGAAGUCCCUGCUCUAAGGGCAAAGCAGCCAAUUUGCUGCUGAUGUCAGUGUGUGCAGCUGGACAGAUGAAGGGCCCCAGUCCUGUGUGACAGUUACCUGGCUUGUGCAGUACAGCACAAAUCCAUGCCUACUCACUCUGCUCCAUGAGGUAGGAUGGAAGGAGCAUCAGAGUGCUGCAGCUUUUUAAGGUUAUUUAGACACAUAAUGCUCAUUUGAGUCCAUGGUCCAAGUUGUGCCUGCUGUCAUGUCUGUGAUACACACUGCUUUGUGGCCUGUGGCUCCCCAAGGGGACUUGCCUCCCCAUGGCUAAGCAGAGCAGGUUGGUGCUUCUUCUGUCCUGCAGCCAGCACUGGAGAAACUGGCCUUGCUGUCAUGUAGCUGUGGAGCUUUUCUGCCAGUGUUUGCCUCUGAUACCCACUGUCUCUGGGUGGAGCUGCUGGGCUGAGUUGUCUGUAUCCUGUGGUGCUGGGAACAGAGGACAGCUCAGAGUCCAAUCAGCAAUGCUGCAGGGAGGUCUCCAGAGCAGGAUGUGAGGCUUGGGUAGCAGUACAUGCAAGGAGGAAAUUCAUCAAGUGCUGCCACAAGCUCUGCAUGCUUCCAGAGCAUGUGGCCUGUUGUAGGAACAGGCUACAGCUUAUUUCCAGCUUUUGUCUUGGUGGCUUUUUGUCACGCUGCCCAAAGGGCUUGACAGAGGUUCUGUACUUCUCUUGAGGCCAGAACCAGUAUGGGAAAGGGUAUUUUGGGGAUCACUAAUCUGCCACUUGGACCUCUUUCAGCAGGGAUGUGCACAGCUGUGGGAGCAUGGCUGGCUGCUGUGGAUUUUAAACUGUAAGGAGCAAAUAACAGUCACAUGGUAGAAGACAGUUGUUAAUCCUCUGGUUUAUGAGUGGUAGAACACUUACUUUGUAUCAUCCACAUUGUCUCUUCCCUCAUCUUCCCUUCCUCACUCUUCCCUCAAUAUGGAUGUUGCGGUUGCUUCCCUGAGCCAGAUCACAAAGGCCAGGCUGCUUUAGAGCCUUACUACUGUUUUAAACACAAGUUAUGCAACAGUGUUCUGUAAGUUUGGGUAACUGUGGUGUUCUGGAUGGUGGCUUGUUCUGCAGAGACCUUAACAUACUUGGUCUCUCUGCAAAAUCUGGGGUGCUUAGUAAGAAGCCAGCCAUGGUUUUACACGUAGCUUGGAAUAACAGAGCUAUUUCUUGUAACCAAUAAUCUCUGCUUCCUCCUUGCACUGAAAUUAAAUUGGACACUGAAAUCCUA